UUAAUCUAUAGGGUGCACCUGUUCAGAGGAGUGUCAGCUAUUCGCAGUACAUGCUCUGAUUCUAUCUCCAGAGAAGAUCAUUCACAAGAGUCAUCUGAGUUAAGAGGAUAAGGGAGAGGAUGAUUUCUUUACACAGGGGGAUUGUAAUCCUCUGUUUUAUAGCCGUGUCGGCAGCAGAAAUUUUACCAGAUAUGAUGCCACCAGAUUUGGCAGUCCGUAACCAAUCAAGCGUGAACUUCCCGAGAAUGCCUCCAGACUUUAAGGAAAUGGCCAGAAAACUGAUGAUGACAUGCUCCAAAAAAGGUUACAGAGUGCCUCUCAUAAUGCCCAAUUCACAGAACAGCUCUUACACAGGGAGAGACAUGAUGGAGAACCCCUUCCCAGUUUUUCCUGAACUUCUCUCAUCGCUCUCUCCACCCCUCCUCCCUCGCUCCCCCCCAACGGCAGAGAAGCAGGAACCAGCCUGGAACAUUCCAGAGAAGAUUCACAACUCCACCAAUCUGGCUCAAAUGAUUGAACUGAUGAGGAAUACUACGGACGGCAAUCUUUGUUUCAUGCGGGCAUUUCUGGCUCCUCUUUCCUGGUUGGCCAUCAUGCAGAAUGGAACAGACCUCAGCAAAAACAAUCUAAUGAAGCUUUUAUGGACAGCCAAACCCUUCUUAGAAACAAUGCCUCCAUCUAAAUUUCUGCUGCCACCCAUUUUAGAGAUCUCUAACCUGGAUGCAAUCAUGAAGAUGUUUGGUGAGGUGUUUAACGUUCUAUCUGAGGACCAGAGGAAGGAGAUCAUUGGGUGGUUAAAGGAGAGAAUUGCAGAGAGUGAAUUUAAAUGCCUUUCGAAACCGCCUCUCUCCAGCCUUCUCCAUCCUUCCUCAUUGAGUUUCAAGCCCCUCUCUUCAUCGUUGCCUAAAUGUUCUCCCAAAAUGCCAUGGCUUAAGGCUAAGGUGUUGACAAUGAUGGGGCCUUUCAUGUCUCGGCUGCCAUUAGAGGAAAUAAUGACCAUCCCUAAAGAAGAGCUCUGUACGUAUUUCAGAAGUCCAGAUUUCUCUUCGUCAUUUCGUAACAUUGGUGGAAUACAACCCGUCCUGGGCCGAGCACUUUUCCAGCGGUUGCAACAAGAGUGUUUGAGUGCUAACAAUUUUACCCAACAGGUGGACAGGUUGGGCUCUCUGGGCUGUUUCUUUAAUGAUUUCCAGUCUCUGAAUGCGAAUCUCAGUAAGAAACUGCUGUCUCAACUCGAUGCCUGUGACAACUCUGAAAUAGCCAAGAUGAAGAAACUGUUAGUACAGCAGAUCAUGGAGAAAGAAAACACAUCUAUCACUCUUGAGAUGUUACAGUCUCUGGGCUCCGGCGCGUCUGUUUUCAUACUAUCCGAGUUAUCCAAUUUCACUUUUGAGGCCCUCAACAGAACCCUCGCCAGUUUGGGACAGGCCAAAUGGAAUCCAGCUCAAGCCAGAACUUUGGCUAAUAAGCUGCUAGAUGAGACCAAGAAUGUGAGCAGUGAGAGGCUAUUGUCUUUGGGUUCGGUUGUGAGAGGAGUGAGCAGUGGCCUUCUCAGAAAAAUGAAGGCACAAGGGCUGCUGGGAAAUGAAGAUUUGAAAACCAUUACCGAGAAGAUGUCGCCCCUACAGAAGAAAGCACUACUGCAGGCGUUCCGUCGUGAUGUGAAUGCAUCUCAACUGGUAAAGGAAAUACCAGAUUCUCUUCUCCAUUCUUUGUCUCUCUCCACACUGGAGAAGGCCAAUCUGACCUCAGUGGACCAGCUGGAGGGCCAUAGCUGGACUCCUGCUCAGUCUGCAUAUCUUGUAAAGAAAAUUUUGGGUAAAAAUAUUAACCUCAACGCAUUACGGAAGCUGGGUCCGGCUGUUCAGGGUGUUACAUGUGAAAUGAUUGAAAGUGUCGAUCGAACCAAUGCUUUGGAAAUGUUACAGACACUUUCGGAAUCCUCUGAUUUGCUCUCCAGGGUACAGAUACGCUGUGCAGCUCAAAAACUCUUCGCAAGUCUGGAGGAACAGAGACCUGGAUAUUUCAAUGAUAUUGCAGUCUCUGAGCUCAAGGCCCUUCCAGCCAUUCUGCUCAUUCAUCUACCCAUGGAGAAGAUUCAAAACCUGUCCGAUUCUGUAUGUUCUGCUUUCCUGGAAAAGAUGAACCAAAUGAACUUGUCCUCUCUGCCAAAUGACGCUCCAUCACGCGCCUCGCUUGCCAGAAAAGCCAUCAGAUGUCUGGGGGGAAAUGCAUUUGAUGUUCCUGCAGCAGGGAUCUUGAGUCUUGGCUCUCUGGUGUGUGAGUUAGAUCCUGUCUGGAUCAACUCUUUGAACGCAGAGGCUUUAAACACCACCCUGCGGGCACUAGCAUCCUGUCAACAUAUCCCACAAAAGCACAGAGAGCAACUCUUCAGAAAACUUACAGAUACCUUUGGGGACCCUUCUAACUGGUCGGAGGAUGACAUGAGAACACUUGGACCACUUCUUUUACUCAAUACUACAGUUAUUGAAAGACUGCCUUUCAAAAGCUGGUUAAGUUCAAGUCUUACAGAUCUGAAGGACAGUUUGCCCAUCCAGCCCAUGCCUGUCCCGAAGGAUUUCCGCUUUUGGUUUGAUCUUUCUGCACUUCGCCGCAAACUGUUUGAACUCAAAACAGCCGGCUCGCUACCAAGCCGCAGAAAGAGACAAGUUUUCGCAUCUGUCACUGUGGUGCCCACUUUAUCCAUACCUAUACUUUCAGUCAUUGAAGACUUAGGACUCGACAAUGUGUAUUGGAAUCCGACCCAGUUGUAUAGGAUGAGUGUGCAGACCUUCAAAGACACUCUGUCAACACUAGGAGAGAUAACAAACUUCAGUCCAGAACAGAUGUCUGCACUCAGAGCAAAAACUCUGGAGGCAUGGCCUAGUUUGUCAAUGUUGAAUGAUUCGGUUUUAUCUGAGCUGGCCUGCAUCUCUCAAAGCCUCAGUUCUGAAGAGCUUUAUAACGUCAGCAUCUCCUCCCCGGACACUCUCGAUACACUAAACACCUGCAACUUUACCCAAACACAGAGGUCAGCAGUCUGGCAGGCAUUUCAAAGGGGAACCAGAAUAAAUGUGACUCAAAUGGGAGAACUGGAACUGGAGGGACUGGGACAGUUUAUAUGUGGCCUACAACCUGCCCAGAUUGAUCAGCUCAAUUCCACAUGCCUCAGGGAGGCAGUGGACGUGGUUGGUCGUGCUCCUUGUCCUCUAAACAUUACAGAGCGUCUUAAGGAUAAAGCAGUGGCUGCAUUUGGAAGUCCAGAGACCUGGAGCGAAGCUCGAGUUGAAAUAAUGGGCAACAUCAUUGCUGGUCUAAGUGAUGCGGAAAUAGGACGUCUUAAUCCCACAGUCAUGUCCUUCAUUCAAUCCUCCACCAUUCCUCUCAUACCUCUUGAUCGUUUGAAUGCGCUGUCAGUCAGCCAGCUGAAGGCUUUGGGUCCUGAUAAUGCUGCUAUGGUAACCGACUCUCAGCGGGCAGGGUUGAAAGCCGAUCAAAGUGCUGCAUUGGAUGAGGCCAUGGGAGUGGUGGCCCCGCGUGCUGAGAGCACUAGUGUAAACCCUACCAUCCCCAUGCCACUGAAAGGAGGGGCAGCGGUACAGAGCAUGGCGGGAUAUGCACUCCUGGUGCAGCUCAUCAUGCUGAUGUUGUUUGGUUACAUCGCUUAAAAAGAGCAGAGGUUGAACGCUAUAGGAUGACAUGUCUCAUGACAAUGACUGAUGGCUAAUUCACACCUUCUUUUGAUGUAUGAUCAACUAGUCAGCUAUUAGAUUAAUACCUGGUUAUUACAUUUCUUUUAAUUGCUAUAUUUUAAAAUACUUUAAACAUUGUCACUGAUUUCUUAAGUAUACUCAUUUAUAUUUAUGUAAGCCAAAGACAGGGACAAUGGUUUUAAAAAAAUUGGGGUCUAGUUAAUCUUUAACUCUAUGCUUAUUUAAAAAAAAAGAUUAUAUUUCAUUAUCUUCCUAUGUUUAUCUUUUUGAAAGCAGAUUCAUAAUUUAAUAAAGGUAUUUAACAAUACAAAUAUUUCAUUAAAAACUAGUUUAAUAUGUUUGUAGGAUAAGACAGCUAUUUUAAAUCUUGGUUUAAGGUUGUGUUCUUUGCUAACAUAUUUCAAAGAAUUUAUGCACAAACAUGAAUAUAACACAGGACCCAAAUAGAGUAGAAGUGUGAGAUUUGAAUAGAAGAAAACUAAACUUAUUUGGUCAUUUCAAAGCAAUUCACAUCUGGUUUCUCUCAACUAAUGUCAUUGCAAAACAUUUUCAAUGUUAUACAAAGCCAUUUAACAAUAAAGAGCUGCAGGUAAAAUUGAAACACAAUUGUUAUAACGUAAAAGAGCUGGCAAAGAAAAUUUCCAGUGGGAAAUUUAGAAAAUU